GUUUAACCGAUUAUUGCAACACGUUUAAAACUUUUCAAGAAAAACAAUUAAUUUAAGUAGUUUUUAAAGCUUUUAAGUAAAUAAAUACAGUUAAGUAGGUGAUAUAAGGACCCAACAAACAUGUAUGACAACGACGAUGCAUAUAACGAUGAAGAUGAUCAAGAGAUUUCUGACGAAUUAUGGCAAGAAGCUUGCUGGAUCGUCAUUAACGCUUAUUUUGAUGACAAAGGUCUUGUCAGACAGCAAUUGGACAGUUUUGAUGAAUUUAUUCAGAUGUCUGUGCAGAGUAUAGUCGCAGAAUCUCCAGCUAUUGAAUUACAGGCAGAAGCUCAGCAUAUAUCCGGAGAAAUUGAGAAUCCACCAAGAUAUGUCCUUAAAUUCGAACAAAUUUACCUGUCCAAACCGACACAUUGGGAGAAAGAUGGUGCACCAAGUCCUAUGAUGCCAAAUCAAGCUCGUCUGAGAAAUUUAACUUAUUCAGCACCACUUUAUGUUGAUAUCACUAAAACAAAGCAUGUAGAAACAGGAAAACCAGUUGAAACACAACAUCAAAAGACAUUUAUUGGAAAGAUCCCAAUUAUGUUGCGUUCAGCUUAUUGUCUCCUUAAUAACUUGUCUGAUCGUGAUUUGACAGAAUUAAACGAAUGUCCUCUAGAUCCUGGCGGUUAUUUCAUUAUUAACGGAUCAGAAAAAGUCUUAAUUGCACAAGAGAAAAUGGCAACAAAUACAGUCUACGUAUUCAGCAUGAAAGAUGGAAAGUAUGCAUAUAAAGCAGAAAUUAGAUCAUGCUUAGAGCACAGUUCACGUCCAACAUCAACAUUAUGGGUAAAUAUGUUUGCUCGAGGUGGAAGUAAUGCUAAAAGAUCAGCUAUUGGACAGAGAAUUAUUGCAAUUUUGCCAUACAUUAAACAAGAAAUUCCAAUUAUGAUUGUUUUCCGUGCACUUGGUUUCGUCGCAGACAGAGAUAUUUUAGAACAUAUUAUUUACGAUUUUGAUGAUCCAGAAAUGAUGGAAAUGGUUAAGCCUUCCUUAGAUGAAGCUUUCGUAGUUCAGGAACAGAAUGUUGCCCUUAAUUUCAUCGGUUCUCGUGGUGCUCGUCCUGGUGUAACAAAAGAAAAACGUAUAAAGUAUGCAAAAGAAAUUCUACAGAGAGAAAUGUUGCCUCAUGUUGGUAUAUCCGAUUUUUGUGAGACUAAGAAAGCUUAUUUUCUCGGAUAUAUGGUCCAUCGAUUGUUAUUGGCAUCUCUUGGACGUCGUGAACUUGACGAUCGUGAUCAUUAUGGAAAUAAACGUUUGGAUUUAGCUGGCCCGCUUUUGGCAUUCUUAUUUAGAGGAUUAUUCAAGAAUUUAAUGAAGGAAGUUCGAAUGUAUGCUCAAAAGUUCAUUGAUCGUGGAAAGGACUUUAAUCUUGAAUUAGCUAUAAAGACAAAAAUCAUUACAGAUGGUUUAAGAUACAGUUUAGCUACAGGAAAUUGGGGAGAUCAAAAGAAAGCUCAUCAGGCUCGUGCUGGUGUAUCUCAGGUCUUAAAUCGGUUGACUUUUGCCUCAACUUUAUCUCAUUUACGUCGUGUAAAUUCUCCAAUUGGACGUGAUGGAAAAUUAGCUAAGCCACGUCAAUUACACAAUACUUUAUGGGGAAUGCUGUGUCCUGCUGAGACACCGGAAGGUGCUGCUGUUGGUUUGGUCAAGAAUCUAGCUUUGAUGGCUUAUAUUUCUGUUGGAUCACAACCUGUGCCUAUUUUAGAGUUCUUGGAAGAAUGGUCGAUGGAAAAUUUAGAGGAAAUUGCCCCAUCAGCCAUUGCUGACGCCACAAAAAUCUUUGUCAAUGGAUGUUGGGUUGGUAUUCAUCGUGAUCCAGAACAAUUGAUGUCAACUUUAAGAAAAUUACGUCGUCAGAUGGAUAUCAUUGUAUCAGAAGUAUCUAUGAUUCGUGACAUUCGAGAUCGUGAGAUUCGUAUCUAUACAGAUGCUGGACGUAUUUGUCGUCCACUACUUAUUGUUGAAAACGGAAGUCUUUUAUUGAAACGUAGUCACAUUGACAAUUUGAAGGAACGUUAUGAGACAAAUUAUGGAUGGCAAGUUUUAGUCGCUAGUGGUGUUGUUGAAUAUAUCGAUACAUUAGAAGAAGAAACAGUUAUGAUUGCAAUGACUGUAAGUGAUUUAAAGCAAGAAAAGGAACUUGCAUAUUGUACAACAUACACACAUUGUGAAAUUCAUCCAGCUAUGAUUCUUGGUGUUUGUGCAUCAAUUAUUCCAUUUCCUGAUCAUAAUCAAUCUCCUCGUAAUACCUAUCAAAGUGCUAUGGGUAAGCAAGCUAUGGGAGUUUACAUUACAAAUUUCCAUGUUAGAAUGGACACACUUGCUCACGUCCUUUAUUAUCCAAUGAAACCAUUAGUCACAACACGUUCUAUGGAAUAUCUUCGUUUCCGUGAGUUACCUGCUGGAAUUAACUCAAUUGUUGCUAUCUUGUGCUAUACUGGUUACAAUCAAGAAGAUUCUGUCAUUUUGAAUGCAUCAGCUGUUGAACGAGGAUUUUUCCGGUCAGUUUUCUAUCGUUCCUAUAAAGAUUCUGAAUGUAAGCGUAUUGGUGACCAGGAAGAGCAAUUUGAAAAGCCAAAUCGACAGACAUGUCAAGGGAUGAGAAAUGCAUUGUAUGAUAAAUUAGAUGAUGAUGGAAUUAUUGCACCUGGACUUCGUGUUUCUGGAGAUGAUGUUGUUAUUGGAAAGACUAUUACUUUACCAGAAAAUGAUGAUGACUUGGAAGGAACGACUGCUCGAUUCACAAAAAGAGAUGCAUCAACAUUUUUACGUAAUUCAGAAACUGGAAUUGUCGAUCAAGUUAUGUUGACAUUAAAUAGUGAAGGAUACAAGUUUUGUAAGAUUCGUGUACGGUCAGUGAGAAUUCCACAAAUUGGUGACAAAUUUGCAUCUCGUCACGGACAGAAAGGUACUUGCGGUAUUCAAUACAGACAGGAGGAUAUGCCAUUUACAUGUGAAGGACUUACACCUGAUAUUAUUAUUAAUCCUCACGCUAUUCCAUCUCGUAUGACAAUUGGGCAUUUGAUUGAGUGUAUUCAAGGAAAAUUGGGUUCCAAUAAGGGAGAAAUUGGUGAUGCCACACCAUUUAAUGAUGCUGUCAAUGUCCAGAAAAUUUCGACAUUCUUACAAGAAUACGGUUACCAUUUGAGAGGAAAUGAGGUCAUGUAUAAUGGACAUACUGGACGAAAAAUCAAUGCUCAAGUCUUCUUAGGUCCAACAUACUAUCAACGUCUCAAGCAUAUGGUAGACGACAAGAUUCACUCGAGAGCUCGCGGUCCAGUUCAGAUUCUCGUCAGACAACCUAUGGAAGGUCGUGCUCGUGAUGGUGGUUUGCGUUUCGGUGAGAUGGAACGUGAUUGUCAAAUUUCUCAUGGUGCAGCACAAUUCUUACGAGAACGUUUAUUCGAAGUCUCAGAUCCUUAUCGUAUACAUGUUUGUAACUUUUGUGGUUUGAUAGCUAUUGCAAAUCUCCGUAAUAAUACAUUCGAGUGCAAAGGAUGCAAGAAUAAGACACAGAUUUCACAAGUUAAGCUCCCAUAUGCUGCAAAAUUAUUGUUCCAAGAACUGAUGGCAAUGAACAUUGCACCAAGAUUGAUGAUUGUUCCACCUUUCUCAAUUCAAUCACUUCAAAAGAAUACCCUCGUUUUGGAACCUAAAUUUGCUAAAAAGUUCAUUAUCGAUCGACACAAUUUCUCAAAACCAGCCACAUCAUUUCGAAUGUAUUACGAUCGAGGGGACUUGCCCAUAAAAAUGGAAUAUCUGAUUGGUGGUGAGAAAAUAUCAUGGACUGUCGAUAUAGAUAAGCUCGACUACACAUUAUACCUGCCAUUGUUCUUUGAUGGACUAUCGGAAACACAACAUCCCUAUAAAACGUUCGCGCGUCAAGGUGUACAGGAUCUUUUGUCUAAUGGAGGCGAUAAAAUCUUCCCGAUUAUACCGCAAUUAAUAAUUCCAAUUAAAAAUGCACUAAAUACGAAGAACAUUGAAGUCAUGUGCACAAUUAUGAAAGUAAUUCAACAGUUGGUCACUGCGUCAGAUCUUGUCGGUCCAGCAAUGGUUCCAUUCUAUCGACAGCUGUUGCCUGUAUUUAAUGCAUAUAAAACGAGAAACAUUAAUCUUGGCGAUUGUAUCGACUACGCACAAAAGAAUAAUUUAAAUUUGGGAGAUUUAAUCGACGAAACCCUUCAAGUACUCGAAAAAUACGGUGGCGAAGAUGCAUUCAUUAACAUUAAAUAUCUUGUACCGACUUAUGAAUCAACAUUCAUUAAUUAAUUAGAUUCAAUUUAUACUGUUUACGUUUCGGCUUAUAUCCUUACUUUAUAUCGUAUUGUGUUCUACUUUAUAAUGGCACAUUGUAUGCUCUCUCCUUGUUAGCGUGUUUUUUGUCGAAGCUGAGCUGUGUUUCGUAUAGGUAUGGGAUUGCUGGGUAUUGAUCUGACCAGAUCUGACAAUUCUAGGGUAAGUACUAAAGAAGACGGAUCGAUUCCUAUGUUAAGGAUACACCAUAUAAAGACUUUUUCAAGGAUACCGAUCUUGAGCAUCUUAUGCAAAG